GAUCAGAGCUGCGGUGGGAAGCGCCAUCACAGGGUUAAAGGUACAGUAGCGUGCGUCAGCUGAUGCGUAACGUCACGUAAUGCGCUCCCUGGCUGAGGAGGGGGUGGGGACUGGUCCUGGAAACCCGCCGCAGUCCUGCUCAUCAUCUCGGGUCAUGUGCCUCCGUUUCUCCGGCUACCUCUGGAUCCUCUGCAGGAAGUUGGACCGGUUUCCUUCCCCGCUGAGUUUCUGACAGCCGCCUUGCCGUCUUCCUGGUUCUCCGUGCUUUGACUGCGCCUCCUCGCCGCGCCUCGCCUCGGGCCUGGGAGCCUGAGAGGCAGGGCUCUGCUGCGAACAGCUCCAUCUCCCCUCCAUAGAGCCAGUGAGAGCUGAUCAUGGAGGCCCCGGCGGAGGAGAAGGAGCCCCUGCCUCUGCCCACCCUGAGCCCUGCCGUGCCCCCCUUUGUGACUCUGGGUCUGACGGUGGUAUACACCGUCUUCUACUCGCUCCUCUUCAUCUUCAUCUACGUGCAGCUCUGGCUGGUUCUGCGGUACCGACACAAGCGCUUCAGCUACCAGACUGUGUUCCUGUUCCUGUGCCUGCUGUGGUCGGCCCUGCGCACCGUGCUCUUUUCCUUCUACUUCAGGAACUUUGUCACGGCCAACACUCUGGGUCCCUUUCCCUUCUGGCUGCUCUACUGCUUCCCCGUCUGCCUGCAGUUCUUCACGCUCAGCCUCAUGAAUCUUUACUUUGCACAGGUUGUUUUUAAGGCAAAGUCCAAAUACGCCCCAGAGCUCCAGAGGUACAGGCUGCCCCUCUACCUCCUUUUCCUGUUCAUCAGCCUGGUGUUUUUAGUCGUGAAUUUAGCGUGUGCCCUGCUGGUGAGGAUGUCCUCUGCAGAAGCUCACACUGUUGUGCUCGUGAGAGUCGCCAUCAACGACACGCUCUUCGUCCUGUGCGCCGUCUCGCUCUCUUUGUGUCUUUACAAGAUCGCCAAGAUGUCCCUGGCCAACAUCUACCUGGAGUCCAAGGGGACGUCGGUGUGCCAGGUGACUGUUAUAGGAGCCAUCGUCAUCCUGCUGUACGCGUCCAGGGCCUGUUACAACCUGGUCGUCCUGGCGCUGUCAAACAAAAGCAUCAACUCGUUUGACUACGACUGGUACAACGUGUCGGACCAGGCAGAUCUACAGUCGACUCUAGGCGACACCGGCUACGUCGUCUUCGGAGUGAUUCUGUUUAUUUGGGAGCUGCUACCGACUUCCCUUGUUGUGUAUUUCUUCAGGGUUCGGAAACCCAACUUGGACAGGAGCAGCUCCGGCCUCCCUGGCCACGUCUUCUCGUCCAGAGCUUACUUCUUCGACAACCCGAGACGCUACGACAGCGACGACGACCUGGCGUGGAGCGUCAUGCCUCAGAACAUCCAGGCCAGCCUGGCUGCGGACAGCUACGAGUGGGGAAGCCAGAACAGUGGCAUCAGCGCCUACGUCGGCAGCGAGGACAGCUACAACUUCUCCCGCCCGCCAGAGGAGCUCAGCCAUUACUGAAGGGCGUUGAAGGACUCGUCUGUAUAUUUUUGCACAGUCUGUUACUGACCGAGGCACAAGGUUCUUCAGGAGCUGGAGGAAGCGACAGACUCUUCUCAUUGCCAGUAUAUAAAAGCCCAGAAGUGGGAAAGUACUUUUGCACACUCCUUGUACAGAUUAUGAUCUGUUCUUAAAACUCUUUCAUUAUUUAGGUCAUGUUGAUUACAUCUUAAUAUAUUUCCUAACCUUUGUAAGCUGUACUGUAAUAUUUUAAUGUACCAUGUGAAUGUUUUUGUUUUCAUACGGAUGUUUAUAAUUAAGAUUCUUUUAAUUCAUAUUAAAACAAGUUUAAAUACUGUAGAAAUGUUUUAAUUUUAAUAUUUAACGGCAGAGGUUUUCCAAGGUGGGACCAGCAACUUGCACAGCAGCGCCCCCUAUUGGUGUGGCAACUUAUUCUUUAAAAUCUUUGUUUUAAAACUAAAAGUGAAUUUAAAAUAGAAUAUGAUUUUGUUUUUCUUAGAAUCCAGGGUUCCUAAAUAUUUCUACUUAAAUAUUUUAAGACAUCUGUGCAAAAACAAAAAGUACCAAUUUGGACUGGAUUAUUUUUUUUUAUUUAUGGGCAAGUUAAACCAGCUCUGCUUUAAGAUUUGUGCCAGAUUUGUUGUUUUUUAGACCCAAAUUAUUCCACUAUAGACACAAGUUCAACAGUUUAAUUCUGUUUCCUUUCAUCUUUACCAUUUUCCAGACCCAAUUUUAAAACACACGGGUUUAGAAGAUGGGUCAUUUUUAAUUUACCUUUUCAUUAAAUAAGGGAACAUUUCAUUUAUCUGCUGGUCUUUUCACUCUUUAAGCUAUUUAUAAAAAAAAAAAAAAAUCAAAUAGUUGCAUAUUGUGCAUAGAUUUCAUAAAUAAAAAACCCCAAAAACUUAAAACCCCUCUGAAUCCAAACUGAUCAAUAACUUUGGCACAAAACAAAGUGGGAAGGAUGUAGCAAUUUAAAAAUGGAAAGGUAUAAAUUAUGAAAAUCAAUAAGAAUCACUUUGUUUUUAAAAAGAAAUAAAAAUCUGAAAAUGUAAACUUUACUGCACUCAGUUUUCUUCUCAAUAGUUGGAGAAUAAUAAAAAGCCAGUUAAUGUUCCUGAAUACAAUUUAUAAAUAAUAUAAUUUGAAUCCCAUAAUGUGUUGGUUGGAAAUCUAAUGAAAUUAAUUAUUCAAAUUAAUGGCUGGAUGUUUUGAAUGAUUAUUCAUAAAGAUAAAAGCUGAAUUUAAUUUCCUGCACAAAUUGUUCAAGAGGAAAAAACCCUAAAAAAUGAUACAUUUUCAUUUCCAUGCAGCCAAUGAACAUUUGAAAAGAUAUUUAAGUUAAAAACUGAAAAAAAAUCACAAGAUUUAGAUAAAGUUUUUGUUGAGUGGCAGAAGAGACGGCAGGCCAGACGCGUUUCGGAUUCCUCUCCUUUUAUUGAGGAGCUUUUCAAAGAUGGCAGCUCUCUAAAAAGCACGACAUACAUAAUAAUGUUCCCUGAUCGUUAAGACUUCAGCUUAACUAUCAGCUUAACUCUCAAUGUAAAGAUUGUCCAGAAAUGCUCUGGAAAUAAUCAAGAACAAGUUGGAACCAGACGACUAAACAGGUACAUUUUUAAAAACGCAUUUUAUGAAGCAAUGCACCAUCUGAGGUAGUAAUAAAGAUGUUUAUUACACCGUUUGUUUUACUAUUGUUUUAAUUACCCAGAGCAAUCCAUAGGGAUCCUGGAAAUUUGAUCCAGUUAAUUUUGACAGAUUAUAAAGUUAAUACUGCAGGAAAGUUUUUUUUUUUUUUUUUUUUUU